CGCAUGAACAAAUUUUGUUAAGAUUUGGGACAUUGUAAGAUAAGAUAAACCAAUUUGAAGUAAUAAUAACAUAUAGGAUGUCACAAAAAACUGUAAUAGUAACAGGAUUUGGUCCAUUCGAUGGUCACAGUGUAAAUGCUAGUUGGGUUUCCGUACAAGAAUUAGCUAGCUUAGGAUUAACAGAUGAUAUAGAUCUUAUAAUAAGUGAAAUACCUGUUGAAUAUUGUACUGUUAAAACAAUAAUACCUUCAUUAUGGAAACAACAUAAUCCUCAUUUGGUUGUUCAUGUCGGGGUAUCCACUUAUGUUCAAGAACUUACAUUAGAACAACAAGCACACAAUGAUGGUUAUGAUAAACAUGAUAUAUCUGGUAGCUGUCCACCAACACAAUGUUGUGUAGAAGGAGCUGAUACUUGUAUUAAAUCAGAUAUUGAUAUGCAAAAUAUCUGUAAUGAAGUUAAUAAUAUGCCAAUUAAAAUUAAAACGGUUGUAUCUUAUGCUGAUACAGGAAGAUACCUGUGUGAUUACGCAUACUACCAAUCACUACACAUUGAUAAACGAAAGGCAGCAUUUAUACAUGUUCCUCCUUUGGGCUGUCCAUAUACAGCAGAAGAAAUUGCUGAAGGCCUUAGAGCAGUUAUACUAUCUAUAUUAAAUCAGUUAUAAUUAAUAACAUGACCAAUAUUAUUUAAAUAAAAAUAUUAGAGAAUCAUUUACCUCAAUAGUAAUAUGCUCUUGAAAAAUAAAUAAAUUUAAUGUUUACAUUAAUUUAAUAAUAAUGUG